AUGGCUGCUGGAGUCUCAUCAAAAACAGGCUCACUUCAUCUGUCUGAGAUCGGAGUUGUGUUCUUGGGAAAUGAUGAAGUUGACGAGAGCAAAGUGAUCAAAUCCAUCCUGGGCUGCAGGGAUCUUACGGGAGAGAACGUGGGCCAGUGUGUAUUAUAUCAAAUUGAACAGGCUGUAAAGAAGAUCAGUGUUGUGGAAGCACCAGGAUGGAACUCAAUGCAGAAAACACUAGAAAGCAUCAAGAAAUCCAUCAGAAGAAGCGUGUCUCUGUGUCCAGCAGGACUUCACGCUCUGCUUCUGGUCAUUCCUGUGAAGAGAAAUGAUGAAGAACCUGCUUCAGGUGACAUUAAAGCUGCAGAGAUGCACAUGGAGUUACUGUCGGAGCGCGUCUGGAAACACACCAUCGUCCUGUUCGCUUGUGAUGAUGGAGUGGGAGAGUUUGCCAUCAAAGCUUACUUUCAGAAAGCAAAUAAAAUCCUGGAAAAGUGCAAAGGCCGAACCUACAUUCUUGAGAGACGCAGUAAGAUCAGUGAGCUUUUUACAAAGAUAGAAGAGCUGGUGGAGGAGAACCGUGGUGAUGUAUUAAUACCACAGACGUACUAUGAUCCGCUCGAGUGGAAGACAGAAGAUCUCCGGCGCAGACGCGGAAGUUUAGAUUGGAAUCCUCCUGACAUGACCAAAGGGAAACCUGACUUUGUGAAUGACCCACAAGCACUUUUGAUGCAUUACGCCAAACCCAUCACAGUGAUAGCGCUGGCUGUUUUCGGAGCGCUUCUCGGCGCAUUCGCAGGAGCUGAAUAUGGAGUUUGCGCUGGUUUACUUUUGGGAAGCAUUCUAGCGGUUGUCCUUGCCUUCUUGAUCUUUAAAGUAGCAGAAAACAGUAACUGCAUAGAUACAUAG